CUCAAACCCUGCGUGCGUGCGUGCCUGCCUAGCCCAGCUGGCUGAGAAGCUAGGGGCGUGUGUCUCGAUGAUGCAAGGCGAUUGAUACGAGAGACUGAUCAAAUCCCCCAGAAACGACGCCCCCCUCAAAAAAAUACAAAAAAAAGCAAAGCCACGUCCGCCCCCAUCGCAUCGCAUCGGACCGAAUCGCAUUCGCGAUCAGUGCAGCCACAGCGCAAUGCACCCGCCGACGCUCGGUUCGCCGACGGCGCCCAGCACCAGCACCAGCACCAGCACCACCCACAGGAUGCCCCCCGGCGGCGGCGGCGGCGGCGACAUCGAGCUGAGCCUGCUGCCGGGCAAGGAGGACAGCGUCGCCCAGGGCAGCAACUACAGCAUGCGUGAGCCCACCUACGAGGACGAGCCGCGGCAGGGCCCCCUCCGCCGCUGGGCCGACAGCUUCCGCCGCGACCCGGCCAUGCGCAUCACCCCAAAGGCCGUGCCCAUAUCGCUGGCCCCCGGCACCCCGCCCGGCCGCGGCGGUGGCGGCAUGCUACCCGUCCCGCUACCCUCGCGCGACCCCGAGGACGGCGGGCACUUCUUCGACAUGCACGGCGCCGCCCUCGCCACGGCCAACUCGGGCCUGUCGCGCGAGCUCAAGGGCCGCCACCUACAGAUGAUCGCCAUGGGCGGCUCCAUCGGCACCGGCCUCUUCGUCGCCUCGGGCAGCGCCCUCAGCACCGGCGGGCCGGCCUCGGUCCUGCUCGCCUACUGCAUCAUCGGUCUGAUGCUCUACUGUACCGUCCAUGCCCUCGGCGAGCUGGCCGUCGUCUUCCCCGUCGCCGGCUCCUUCUCGGCCUUCUCCACCCGCUUCCUGGACCCGUCGUGGGGCUUCGCCAUGGGCUGGAACUACGCCCUGCAGUGGCUCGUCGUCCUGCCCCUCGAGAUCAUCGCCGCCUCCAUCACCAUCAGCUACUGGAACGACCAGCUGGACCGCUCCAUUUUUGUCACCGUCUUCCUCGUUGUCAUUGUCGCCAUCAACCUGUUUGGCGUCAAGGGCUACGGCGAGGCUGAGUUUAUCUUUGCCAUCAUCAAGGUCACUGCCGUCAUUGGCUUCAUUCUCCUCGGAAUCGUCAUCAACAUCGGCGGCACCAAGGAUGAGGGCUACAUCGGCACAAAGUACUGGCACGACCCCGGCGCCUUCAACAACGGCUUCAAAGGCCUCUGCUCCGUCUUCGUCACGGCCGCCUUCGCCUUCGCCGGCACCGAGCUCGUCGGCCUGGCCGCCGCCGAGACGGCCAACCCCCGCAAGUCGCUGCCCACGGCCAUCAAGCAGGUCUUCUGGCGCAUCACCAUCUUCUACGUCGUCGCCCUCACCGUCGUCGGCCUGCUGGUGCCCUUUGACAACCCCGACCUGAUGGGCGCCACCUCGGUCGUCGACCUCAACUCGAGCCCCUUCGUCAUCGCCAUCGAGAGCGCCGGCAUCGAGGUCCUGCCCUCGGUCAUGAACAGCGUCAUCCUCAUCGCCGUCCUCAGCGUCGGCAACAGCUCCGUCUUCGGCUCCAGCCGCACCCUCGCCGCCCUCGCCGACCAGGGCCAGGCGCCCCGCAUCCUGUCCUACGUCGACCGCCGCGGCCGGCCCCUCGUCGCCAUCCUGCUGUCGUCGUCGCUCGGCCUCAUCGCCUACGUCGCCAACCACCGCGACCAGGAGAUCAUCCUGAACUGGCUGCUCGCCGUCUCGGCCCUGAGCUCCAUCUUCACCUGGGGCAGCAUCUGCCUGGCCCACAUCCGCUUCCGCCGGGCCUGGAUCCACAAGGGCAGGUCGCUCGGCGACCUCGCCUUCCGCGCCCAGGCCGGCGUCGCCGGCUCCUGGCUCGGCUUCGUCCUCAACGUCGUCUUCCUCGUCGCCCAGUUCUGGGUCGGCAUCUGGCCCCUCGGCUUCGAGCACAAGACCUCGCUCGAGGUCGCGUCCGAGUUCUUUUUGCGCUGCAUGGCCGUCCCCAUCGUCCUCAUCAUGUGGCUCGGCCACAAGCUCUACUACCGCACCUCGUUUGUGCGCACCGACGACAUGGACCUCGACACGGGCCGCCGCGACUUUAACCUGCCCAUCCUCAUGGCCCAGGAGGUCUCCGAGAAGGGGUCCUGGCCCACUUGGAAAAAGUUGUAUAGAUACUUUUGUUAGAUUCUUUUUUUCUUUCUCUUUUUCUUUUCGUUGAUUGUUUGUAUUGUUUCUUGCCCUCGUCUUUUCUGCCUAUACCUCCUUUUCCUAUACGUUCCUCUACCUUCUUGGAUACGAUACGGUGAACAAGGUCGGCCAGAAGCAUUAAGUUUGUGCAUGAAUCCCAUGCCCUUGUGUGCACAUUAAACUACGACAGACAUGGUUAUCCCGCCCCAAGGGCUUUUGAAUAGAGUGAAUAAAUUUGCAAGACCUGUAACUUUGAUGUAACAAGCAGCCGAGCAUGGAACCGAGUGAAUGGCAGGUGAACUUUUUAUGAAACAAAAUGGCUAUCUGCGCAAAGCUGCCAACAAG